AUGCAGACUCAUAGUUAAAAUUUCAUCACUCUAACAAACGGCCAAUAGAUUCCUUCAUUUGGUUUAGGAACUUUUUAGAUAAAAAACGAAUAAGAAAUGACUAACAUUAUUCGUACAUCUUUAGACGUUGGCUAUAGACUGUUUGAUACAGCUAAAUUCUACGAAAAUGAGCAUUUGAUUGGAAAUUCAUUAAAGAUAAUCUUUAGUGAAGGAAAAUAUAAACGGGAAGAUAUUGUCAUAAUUACUAAAUUAUUUCCAUUUAAGGGUUAAUCAACUCUAGAAGUGGUAAUGCAAUAGUUAAAAGAUUUAUAAGUAGAUUAUAUUGACAUCCUUUUAAUACAUUUUCCUUUAGUUCCCCCAAGCGAUGAUCUAUAGUAAUGGAAUCAUAAACCUGCUCAUUAAAUAUGGGCAGAACUUGAAGAAUUGUACAAUCUAGGAUUAGCUAAAGGACUAGGUGUCUCAAAUUUUAAUUGCUAGAUGAUAGUUGAUUUAUUAUCUUAUUGUAAAGUUAGGCCUGUUGUUAAUGAAAUUGAGUUGCAUGUAUUUAAUUAGUAAACAAGAUUUGUUGAGUUUUUGAAGAAAAUAAAAGUGUAUCCUAUAGCAUACAGUCCAAUAGCAAAAUAUACAGAAAUAAUUAAUAAUCAAACUGUGGUUUCAAUAGCUUAGAAAAAUAAUGUUUCAGUGGCAUAAGUUAUGAUAGCAUUUUUGCUAUAGCAAUAAGAUAUUAUAGUAAUUCCUAAAACUGAGAAGCUGGAGCGUUUGUAGCAUAAUUUUGAUGCUUAAAAAUUAAAAUUUAGUGAAGAAGAAAUGUAAAUAUUGAGAAAUUUAAAUAUAAAUAUGAGAACUGUUAAUGUUGAUACUAUUCCGAGUUUUAAAGGAGUGCCUUUAUUUGAUUGA